UGAACCCAAAGUUACUUAUUCAAAUAAGGGGCAUUGAGAGAUAAAAUGUCCAUCGUAAAGUUCUCAUCGUGUGAGGUGAAUUAAUGUCAGCUGCUACCAUUCCUAUGUGCAACUAAAUAAUGUACUCUCCAAUUUUUCUUCUCACACGACUUUUUCAUUUCAAACUUUAUGUUAAGUUGAAAUAAAUGACGAAAUCAUCGACUUACGUUUUAUUUAUUACAUUAUCAUACGUGAACUUAUAAAUUCACCAUCAAGUAGACGUUCUCAGCCAAACAUAUUACUUUUGCGAUUUUAUUGGAUCUAGAGGUUUUAUUUAAGUACAUUGCUGGAUGCCAGAUCUACCUUUUUGUAUAAGUCACUGUUCUGGAUGUCUUAUGUUGACAUGCAACGCGGUUGAAUGCAUUGUCACUGACUGUCCAAAUGGUUGUGGUAUGCGUAUGCAUUCGUGCAAGCUUGAAGAUCACGUGGAUCACAUAUGCCCCAAAACCAUAGUUCCAUGUAUUAACAAAGAAGUUGGUUGUCCACACUUAAUAUGCCGUGAGGACAGGUCAUUUCACUUGCUCAGUUGUCCUGCUAGUGUCGUCAGCUGUAAUGCUCGAUGCCCCUGGCUUUUCAGGCAAACUCAAAAAAAGUCUAUCUCACCUGUAACUAGUACUGUGAAUCCAAUUAUUCAUUAUGCUUCUUGUAAUUCAUAUGUUUACCGACCAAUUGAUUCAUCUGUAUUGGGGUUUAAUUUUGAUCCUAAUCAACGAACUUUUACAAAUCAGACUGAUGAACAUAUAACCAAUGUAUUAAAAUUGAUCAAUGAAGUACAAUUUGAUAAAACAAUAAACAGCGGUUUUGUAGAAUCCCCAUUAUCAUCUUACAUGUGUGAUCAUCCAGGAUAUAUUUGUGGUCGUACAGUUCAACGAACUAAUUAUGGAUCACAUUAUCAAUUGCAUAGUAAUGUACAAGCACAAUUAGAUGGAUGGAUUGAAUUACGUUGUCCAUUAUCAUUUUUAGGUUGUAAAUAUGCUGUUGUUAAUCUUCGACCUAAUAGUGAAUAUAAUCAUUUAUUAUAUAAUCCAACACUUGCUACAUUUACAACACGUUAUGAAUCAGCAACAAUGAAUUCACAUGAUUUAUUUAUUCAUUCAUCAUCAAAAUUACCAACAAACAAUGAAUAUUUUCAUUUAGAUCAAUUACCUGCAGAAUUAUUAAUUUAUUUAUCAUUUUUCUUAGAUGAUAUAUCAUUACUUUGUUUAUCAAAAUUAUCUAACCGAUUAUUUACUAUUUAUAAAACAAUACUAUGUGCAAGAUUAAUUGUUACACCGAAAUGGGAUAAAGUUCAUUAUAGUGCUUCAGAUAUAUUUUCAUGGCGUAUUACUGGAUUUCUAUGGUCAUUUCCACAACGUGCUGAAUCAAUUAAAGAAUGGCGAUGUGCAUAUGGUGUAUCAGCUAGAGCAAAAAUUUCUGCACAUUUAAUGCAUUGUCAUUAUAAUGAUAAAACUAUACGUGUAUUUCCAUUUUGUUAUUUGGAAUAAAUAAUAUAAAUGUAUUCAUAAUAAGGCAUCUAUGUUUGUCUGUCUGUCUGUCUGUAAUUCUCUCUACUUUUUUUUUAUUAUUACCAUUACUUACUUACUUACUUACUUAUGGCUAUUUACCCACUAAUGGAGCAUAGGCCACCGACUAGUAUUUUUCUACAACCAACACUGUCUUGGGCUUCCCUUCCUAGUUCUUUCCAUAAAUAACAGAAUAAACCUUAUUUCUAAUCAUUCUGAUAAAAUAAUUUUAUUGUUUAAAAAAGGUAAACAUCAUCUAUUCGUAUUCAUUUAGGUAAAAUAUGAAUAAAAUAAAACGUUCGCAGUAACAUCUACUUUCCCAUACAUACAUACAUACAUAUAUACCAGCAUACAUAUAGCAUGCCCUAUCAUCAUCAUUUAUAUUGGAGUUUAGUAAACAGUAUAAGAAUUCAUGUUUCCUUGAAAGAAAAAAAAAAUUCUUAUCAAAUGAUUUUCUUUUCUUAUUUUGUACAUCUUUUUAUUUUGAAGUUAUUUUAUGUACAAUUUAAUUAAGUAUAUGUAUACAUUUUUAUACAUAAUAGAUACAUAUAAUGAAUGUAUUUGUAUAUACAUAAAAUAAUAAAAUCUA